AUGGCUUCGAGCACAGGCCUUGUGUCUCGUUACUCCACGCGCUCGACUCACCACCUGGGCAGCAACUCACCCAACAGUCAGCAGCUCAACAUGGACAACGUCACAGAAGCAGCGCUCACCGAAUCAUUCGACAAGCUCGUCUCUGAAGGUGUCAUUGUCUACGGCCCCAAUGAGUCUAUCAAAUUAGAUCACGAAGGCUACCCGAUGGAGUUCCGGAUCUGCCCAGCACUAGCAACCAAACCUCACACCGUAGGCGCCGCGAACCAUGCCUUUGACCAAUCACGAAAAUAUGGUCCUGGCAGCGACAUGUUCUGUCCAGACGAACGACUCAACAUCACACAGCUCAACGGCACGCACGACCUAGCACUCAACCUAUUCUGCGUCGAUAGGCCGCAACUGCUCAUGUUGACUCUGGACUCGUACAAGCGUCAGCACGAAGCUCUUGACAUAGAUGACUUUGAGGUCAUGCUGCAAGUGUUACGGAAGCUUCCAAACUUCUACGUCAUCUUCAACUGUGGGGAGAAGGGUGGAUGCAGCAGGGUACACAAGCACCUUCAGGGCUUGAGAGGGCCGCCACAUGCUUUCGACUACAUCAUGUCUUCUCUCACCGACGCAUCGAAGAAGGUACCUUUCCAGUUCUUUGUCCAAGAAUUCAGUCAUGGCUUCUCGAAUACGCCCGCUUCGACUGUUCUUGAUGUGUAUAAGACAUUCAUUGCGCGGUGCCGCACGCUCAUGGGCACGUCUGAGAAGGAAAUACCUCCCCAUAACGUCAUCAUGUGGGCCGAUCGACUCGUGGUUGUUCCCCGUCGCAGAGGAACCACAGAGGGAGCAAGCGCAAAUGCUGGAGGCAUGCUAGGAAGCGUAUGGAUAUCGGGACAGAAGCAUGUGGACGAAUGGUUGAGACUCGGUUACUCGAAUGUGUUGAAAGAGUUGGGUGUUCCAAGUUGUUGA